AUGCCUUUAAGAAAGCCGAGUAAAUACGGGACCAAGUUCCGCUCCGGCGCGGCCUCUUUCAACCCAAAACGAACGAAAACAGUCGAGUUCUCCUCCCUCCGGUCCUCAGAAGCGACAUCCCAAGAUGAGAAGUUCGAGGCGAUCCGGCUGGCGAACAGCAUCGACGAGUCGCUGGGCUUCCCGCGCUUCGAAGCGGGCGAGAAGAGAGUCGGCUGGCUCAUCAACAUGCACAGCACAACGAUAGAGGACCCGAAGAUCCCAGGAGGACGCGCCGGGGUGGACUACUAUUUCCUCGAAGACGACGGAGGCAGCUUCAAGGCGACUGUGGAAUAUGACCCUUAUUUCCUCAUUGCGGUCAAGACGGGCCGUGAAGCAGAGGUUGAGGAAUGGUGUCGCAGAAUGUUUGAAGGGCUCAUAAAGAAGAUUAGGAGGCUUGAGAAGGAAGAUCUUGACCUGCCGAACCAUCUACUUGGGCAUCGAAGAACGUUUCUUCAACUGAACUUUGCUAGUGUGAGCCACUUGCUUGAAGUGCGAAGGACGCUUUUGCCUCUAGCGGAAAAAAACAAGAAGAAUAUUAACAUGAUGGAUACAUAUGUGGAGAUCUCAAGGUUAGUACACGAGCAUACUUUUUGUCUCAAGAGGCUGACUUCUUCCAAGCGCGAACGCUGGAUUCGAUCUCUUUGA